AUGCCAAUUUCGUUUCUUUCGCCGAAGCGAAUCUUUAGUAAGAAUAAGAAGGAUCCAGAAUCCGAUUCGUUAUCAACUCCGUUGAACCCGCCGGCUCCAGUCGCAAAGGACGCUAAAUUUAGCAAGGAUGGACAAUUACCGCUUCCAAAGUUGAAAACACAGAACUUGUCGUCGUCGACUGUUACGCUGUCGUACGACAGUACGCCUGGGUCACCGACAAACGGAAAGUACCAGGAUUAUGGGAAAUUAUCUCCUUUAAGACCACCGAAAUUUGAAAAUGGAUCCGGAGCGUCUACACCGGGAAGAAGAGUGCUCAGUGAUAAAGUAAAGUCGACACCAUCAUCGUUGGUUCGUCAGCUGAGAGAGUUUUCGAACUCAAUGUCGAUAAACGACAUGUAUUCGAGUCCGUCGUUAUCUUCGUACAGAAGUAAAGGGUCUGUGCUCAGCCAUAACAGAACCAUCACCGAAAAUUUACCGCCUGAAUUGUCUCCCGUAGUCAAUUUAAUCCAUUCACAGAGAUUGAGAACUUAUGCUGUGGGCAACUUCAGAAUUCCAGGGAUGAUUGGAAACGAGAAGAUUUGGUUAGAGGUCGAGGCAAAGUUGACAGGGAACGAAUUGGCCAUUUGGAGACCUUCGGAUGAAGAUUUUACGGUUGAGAGUGGCCACGAUGAAUUUAAACCUAAGUAUAUCAACCUCAUUGACUCCCAUAUAAGUCUCAAUCCAAAAGAGCUUGAGUUAAAUAUCAUACAAGAUUUCAACGAGAACUAUACGAUGGUAAAACUUGAAUCAAACGACGAGCUCAGGAAAUGGGUUGCAGCAAUUAACUUAUCAAAAUUCGAAUAUACUUCGUUGAACGAAGCGUUCACGGCCGUUAUGUUGUCCCUCAAAGGACCCAAAUUAUCUGAUGUUCAUAUCUUGUUGUCACAAAAGAAGAGAUUCCCCAGAUUUGAGUGGUGUAACCUUAGAUUACCUCAAAUAUCGUCUAAAUGGGUUAAAUUAUAUGUAGCUAUAAUUCCUUCUGAUUCUAAGAGAAAAGGAUGCAUAGAGAUUUAUUCUAAUGAAAAGGUUUCUAAGAAAAAUUUGGUUGCAUACAUUCCUAAUCUUUCCAGUAUUUUCAACGUUUACCCUGAGCAUGUCAAUAUGAUUGAUUUUAAUUCAAUCAUGAAAUUGGACGGGGAAGUGCACAUCAGCAAAAAUUUCGAACACUUGUUUGUUCACAAUGAACCGCCUUCGCCAUCUGGCGCAGAAUCGUCUCAUUCUUUGUCCUCAUUGUCUCACUCAAUCACAGGAGGUCAUUCCAAGAAUCAGUCUGUUAGCUCAACAAACUCAUUUUUUAAUAACGCAUCUUCUCCAAAAGUGCAAGAUACUGGAGUCAAGUCCCCAAAGACGUCCACAACUUCAUUUUUCAAAAAACACAUGGACUCAUUUGUGGCGACAAAUUAUUUGUACAUUAUGCCAAUUCCACAUCCUGGGGUUUCUGCCAUUGAAAUUAUGAUCCGUAACUUCAUACACAUUAUUGACUCGUUCAAGUUGUAUGGUAGACCUCAACAAUUGAAUUCAGAUAAGACUAACGAGGAGUCUUUACUUUUCGGUAUACCAUCAUUACCCCUGUAUCAAUAUUUAUCCGUUGAGAAUGCUAUUGCAGUCAUCGGCAGUAACAUAGGAAAUUCGUCAUCCACUAACUGGGAUGAAUUCUUCUGGAGACGUGCUUUUAAGAACCAUAUUGCGAAAUUAGGCCCAAAAUAUAAGGGAGAUGGUAAUAUUUACGACUUAUACAACUCAUUAGAACUUGAUGCUAACGAGAUCUAUAAUUAUGCCGUCGAUUCUCCAAGGAUCCAAUUCCCAUCUUCUAGUGGAAUGAGAUCACAAUCCAAUUCAAUUUCAAACCUGGAGAUCAGGAACCUGGAUUUCGACAACUUCAGCGAACCUCCUGAGAGUCCUAUCGUCAAUAACUACAAUCAAACCCCCGAAUAUGCACAAACCUACAAUCAAAACUACAACGAAAACUACAACGAAAACUACAGCGACAAUUACAGCGACUAUAACCAAACUUAUGGUCAGAAUGGUGCUUUAGGUGAGCCUAUCGAAUUCAGUUCUCCAAAUGCUUCGGCUCCUGCGUACGACAGAACUUUAGAUCCCAUUAUAGAUUUACCUACUCCACGGGACGAAAUUCACCCAUUCAAAAAUCUUGCCCCUGCCACCAAUCAAUAG